CGAAGACGAAGUGAGAUGAGUGAGUCACACUGUAUAUUCUAUUCAGAACCUAUCGUUGUCGCUGCUUCGUCUUUCUCCAAAAACAGUUGAUAGAGAGAGAAUCAGCAGAAAACCAAAAUCAUCUAAUCUCUCAUAUUCGAUCGAUAUCUCGCAACAUUAAUUAUCCUUUUGUUGCGAUUCCAUCGAGGAUGAUUUCGAAUCCAAGCCUAUUAUCCUAUACUUGCAUCGCAAAAGGAACCGUCGUCCUCGCCGAGUUCGCGUCAGAGGAAGAGGCAGGAAUCGAAGACGUAGCUUUGCGAUGCAUCGAGAACACGCCUCCGCACCAUUCAAUCUUCUCUCACACCGUUGGCAAGAAGACCUACACAUUCUCAAUCGACGAAGAAUCCUUCGUGUAUUUCGCGAUCCUCGACGAAGCGAUGGAGAAACCGGAAUCCUUCUGGUUAUUGAACCGGUUGAGAUCAGCUGUCGAAGAUCUGGUCAGAGGAGGGGAGACGUUGACCAAUCCUUCUCCUCGUUGUCUCCAAGCUAAGAUGGAUCCAGUUUUCGCGGAGAUCGUUGGUGGUGUUGAUGUGGAUUUGGAGCUGGACAUGGAUUUGGUUGGAUCUCCGAGGAGCGUGGCCAGGGAUAGUCGUAACCCUAGCAUUGAUUCAUCUAAAGGGAGGAGAGCGUCGCUGAUGCCGCUUCUGGGGAAGCAAUUGAAGGCCUUGAAGAAGAAGAAUAAGAGAUUGCAUACGGAAGAUUCCGGUGACGUUGGCAUGAUCAGGGAGACGUCGGAGAGGAAGGUGGAUUUGUGUGGGAACGGGAACGGUGGAGUGUCACGCAAGGAACUGAGAAAUGGUUUGUUAACAGAUCAUCAUCAUCACAGGCAAAAGGCGAAACAGAUGUGGAAGAAACAUGUGUGGUUUGUGUUGAUCUUCGAUUUCUGCAUCUGUGCUCUUCUCUUCGGAAUCUGGCUUUGGGUUUGUGAAGGGUUCCAAUGCGUCAAUGGGUAAAGUAAUCAACCAGUCUCGGUCUGUACUUCUUCAUAUUCAUUUUGUUCUCAAGCUGCUUCAGCAUUUGAUCACUAUCAGUUCAUUCUUCUUUUUUUUCCUCCUGAGCCUAAGUGCAUAUGGGUAUUCGUUUUUCUGGAUCAAAAAGUCUCAUCUUUUUUUCCCUCUCCGUUUGUCAUUUUUUUGUUUUGUUACUUUUUAAGAUCACAACAAAGUGUUGUUUCCAGGAUGAAACUUAGGUAAGUUGAGUCCUGGCUUUACAUGUUAGUGAUAUGUUCAUUGUACUUUGAAAGUUAUCAUUCACAAGCAACAUGUGUGUUGUAUUA